AAUCAAGCGUGUGACGUGUCCUCGUGUGUAAUAGAAUGGAAGUAAAACAAGAAAUUAGCGAGGAAACGUGUAAAGUAGAAAUAGAGUAUAAUGAGUUGGAUGAUGCUCUUUUGGAUGGCUUUAAAUGUGAAAUUCAGAAGGAAUCCAACAGGCAAAUUACACAUAACACAUAUGAUUAUUUAGACCUAAAUAAAUCUUACACAAAUACUAAAAUACACCAAGAUAAAAAUAAACUUACCCCAUUUGAAGAAUACCAAAAAACUGAAAAAGGUAAUAUCCAAGAUGAACAAAAAUUGGAAAUUAUGGAGAAACUAAUCAAAGAUUUAUCUUACACAGGAAAUUGUAUGAGUCAACAUACUAAAGAAAAAACAUUAAAUAAAAAUAUGGAAGUUGUUACUGAACAAACAUCUUACAAGUGUGAAACUUGUUUAGAGCAGUUUACUACAAUAAGUCAUUUGAAACGACAUUUAACAACACACACUAGAAAAAAACCUAAGUGUGAAAUUUGCUUAAAACAGUUUAGAGAAGCAGGUGCUUUAAAAAGACAUUUCAGAGUGCACACUGGAGAAAAACCUUAUAAGUGUAAAAUUUGUUUUAAGCAGUUUACUCAAGCAGGCGAUUUGAAAACACAUUUUAGAGUGCACACUGGAGAAAAAUCUUUCAAGUGUGAAAUUUGUUUAAAACAGUUUACUACAACAGGUAAUUUGAAAAAACAUUUAACAACACACACUGGAGAAAAACCUUAUGAGUGUGAAAUUUGUUUAAAACAGUUUAGUCAAGCAGGUAAUUUGAAAACACAUUUGAGAGUGCACACUGGGGAAAAACCUUACAAGUGUGAAAUUUGUUUAAAACAGUCUAAUACUAGAAGUGGUUGGAAAAAACAUAUGACAACACAUACUGGAGAAAAACCUUAUGAGUGUAAAAUUUGUUUAAAACAGUUUAGAGAUGCAGGUACUUUAAAAAGACAUUUGAGAGUGCACACUGGAGAAAAAUCUUACAAGUGUGAACUUUGUUUUAAGCAGUUUACUGAAGCAAGCUAUUUGAAAACACAUUUCAGAGUGCACACUGGAGAAAAAUCUUGCAAGUGUGAAAUUUGUUUAAAGCAGUUUACUACAACAAGUAAUUUGAAGAAACAUUUAACAACACAUACUGGAGAAAAACCUUAUAAGUGUGAAAUUUGUUUUAAGCAAUUUAGUCAAGCAUGUAAUUUGAAAUCUCAUUUGAGAGUGCACACUGUAGAAAAAUCUUACCAGUGUGAGAUUUGUUUUAAGCUGUUUUCUGAACAAUAUCUUAUGAUAAUCCAUUUAAGAAAGCACACUGGAGAAACACCUAAUAAGUGUGAAACUUGUUUAAAGCAGUUUACUACAACAAGCCAUUUGAAACAGCAUUUAACAACACACACUGGAGAAAUAUGUUAUGAAUGUGGAAUUUGCUUUAAGCAAUUUACUCAAGCAGGCGAUUUGAAAACACAUUUGAGAGUACACACUAGAGAAAAACCCUAAAAGUGUGAAAUUUGUUUUAGGCUGUUUUGUCAUACAGAUUCUUUGAAAACGCAUUUGAUAGUGUAUGCUAAGGAAAAUACAAUUGUGAAAUUUGUUUUGAAAGAAAGAAGUGAAGAGAACCAAAUGUGAUAUUUGCUUUAAACUGUUUUCUCCUCAAGUAUUUAAUAUGAAACUUCAUUGAGAUCACACAGAGAAAGUUCUUUUAAAUAAUUUGACAGCCUAUGAUUUGAAACAAAAGCACAAACGCUAAGUUCCUUUUGAUCAUUUCUUAAUUCUUUGUUACUGAUAUUGAGUACUUCAGUCAUAUCUAUUGCAUAUUCGGCCAUUGCUGGUAACCUAUUUAACUGAUCCUUAUUUCUGGGGAAAAAUAAUACCCAAAACAUAAGCAUAUUAAGAAUGAAAAGUCAAAUAUAGAAUAGAACGCAUUGCUAAAAAUGAGAGUUUUCACCAGAUUUGAUAUAAUUUUCAUACCUAACCUCCAUUAGAGAUGGCACCUAGAGUAGAAGAAACUUGGAUGUUGGUUAGAAACAUAAAUAAAAAUUUACAUUUUUGAGUGUGACAGAUAAACUUUUUAAUAUCAGAAGCAGAGUCAGGCGGGAGGCUAUCUUGUAAUAUGUAAUAUCAUUAUCUAAUGUCAAAUAAUGAGAGAUACUCAUGUUGUGUACUGUGUUUGUAUUGUGAAAUGAAAUAUAUCUCUCCUUAAAUACAAAAGCACCACAAGUCAAAAUAAGCAAAUUGUAUGUUGUUGACUAUAUCGCUGGGUUUGUCGUUAAGAAAGUUAAGAAAACAUUAGAUUGUGAUAUAUGUUUGUGUGCAAUUGAAUGUGAUAAUUUAAAAUCUCCAUUCAUAAGACACAAAAAUUAUAGCAUAUCAAAUAAUUUUUUAAUUCAACCUUCUAAAGACGUCAUUCAUAUUUGCAAAAUCGCUGAAAGCGAAAUUAAAUUUAUGUACAAUUCAAAAAAAUUAAACGAUUCCAAAAUAAUGACAAAAUUGAUCUUAAAUGUCAUGAGUAACAUGCAUGGUUCUGUGUUUAACGCAUACAAAUCAACAUAUGUUUGAUCAUGAAUUUGAAACAAACCAUUUUUUUAAUCUAAUAAAGAUAAUUUGUUUCAAUUAUUGCAACAUUAGAUUGUACCACGAAGGUGAAAAACUAAAUAAUGUAAUAAGAGUUAGAAGUAAGUUAACAAAAGCUAUUUUGUUUUGUGGUCAAUAAAUAAAUAGAUUUAC